AUGCCACGUCUGAAUCGUUUUCAGAUCUGGCAGGUGCUGCGUUUCUUCAGCUGCAGCACAGAGGCUCCAGUCACGGGGCUUCCUAAAGCUGGUGCCUUUGCUGUGCUUUUGGUGCUGUCUGCUCUGGAGGCCUGUGCCCUGGACAGCUACAUCACAGCUGUUGAGCACAGCGUGGUCUUGUCAGAGGACACUGAAGUGCCGGCUUCUGCUGAGGAGGCCUUGGUGCUGAUGGACAAAAAUAUGGCAACUUUGGAAGCAGCCGUCAAAGAAGCAGCCAGACAGGGUGCCCAUAUCAUUGACCCUGAAGAUUGCCUUUAUGACUGGGAUACAAUAUACCCUUACCUCGAGGAUAUCCCAGACCCACAGGUGGACUGGAUUCCGUGUGCUGAUCCUGGAAGGUAUCAUCCCUGCUGUUCACGGGGGAAUGGUCCAAUGGAAAAAAUGACUAAGAGUGGGAGUGGUAUUUAUGCCCCAGACGGUCCGAGAGCAUAUUAUCAGAAUACAGAAAUGGACAAUGGUCACCUUUUGGUGACAGAACUGAGGUCACACCCACGUCUCUCUCCUGACUAUCCUGCUGCUGUUAACUGGAAAUUGUGUGCCAGCAAGAUUGAACAGCUUCCAUCAAACAACCACAAUUUCAGUGGGGUCAUUUACCAUGAUCUCUUCACGGAGCUCACUGUACCCGAGGGAAAUCGUGCUGUUUGCCAGCAGGACCUCUGUUGCCAUCUGAGUUACAAGAUGGCAGAGAAGCAGAAAGAUGACAUUUAUGUUCUGGGUGCCUUUGAUGGGUUACAUGUUGUUGAAGGAGAGUAUUAUUUGCAGAUAUGCACGCUGCUCAAGUGCAAGAGCACAGACCUGAACACAUGUGGGCAGCCAGUGGAGAUGGCUCAGACCAAGUUUGAGAUGUUCUCCCUCAGUGGCACGUUUGGCACCAACUACGUCUUUCCAGAAGUCUUGUACAGUGGGGUGCAGCUGGCCCCCGGGGAGUUUGAGGAGCUAAGUGAUGGACCUCUUAUAAGUCAGACUACUACAUCAAAGCCAGUUUUGAGUGUAACACUCUUUGUGAGGUGGUAUGAAAAGGACCUUCCACACACAUAA